CCGAUUUCCAUACCAGUUUCAAGCGGGAACAGUACGUACCUGCCUCGUCAAACUACUACCGUAAACUGCCUAGACUCUGGGACCAAACUUGUAGGUGGCAGGGCAAGGCAGGGCGCUCUUUCCUUGUCUGGUUCACAAGCUCUCAAUUGUUACGAGCCGGUACACUCCGCUGUCGCCCGCCUGCCAGGCCAUUCAAAACAACAAAUUGUUUUUCUGAACUUGGACCACAUCCCACAUUCAACCUUCAACCUUCACAACUUCCACCAACCCUCACUCACCUUUUUCACAUCACCACCCCAUCUCACCCACAGAUCCUCUCCCAGCUUCAACAACCACGCGUAACGACUCUUGAACCAGUCGUAUACGUAUAAAUAUUCACAGUUCGAAAUCCCCAGCUCCUCCCAUCUCACGUCAGUUGACGUUCAUUCGCAAUGCCGUCCCCCGCCACAAAGCAGCGGAAGAUCGCCAUCGUAGGUAGUCGCUCCGUUGGCAAAUCUUCACUCGCUGUUCGCUUUGUGGAUGGGCACUUUGUCGAAUCCUACUACCCCACCAUCGAGAACACCUUCUCUAAGGAAAUCAGGUGGAAGAAUCAGGAUUACUCGACCGAGAUUGUCGACACAGCGGGCCAGGAUGAAUAUUCGAUUUUGAAUAGCAAACAUUUCAUCGGCAUCCACGGCUACAUGCUGGUCUACUCCGUUUCUUCCCUGGCAUCUUUCGAGAUGGUCCAGGUGAUCAGGGACAAGAUUCUCAACCACCUGGGAACUGAUAACGUACCCAUUUGCAUUGUCGGUAAUAAGAGUGAUCUGCGUCCAGAACAACGCCAGGUCACUCCUGAGGACGGCAAGGCCCUCGCCGAGAAAUACAAAUGCGCCUGGACUGAGGCUAGUGCUCGCUAUAACGAGAACGUCGCCAGAGCAUUUGAGCUUCUCAUCGGCGAGGUCGAGAAAUCAAAUAACCCUACGGCGACCAACGAGAACGGAAAGUGUGUGGUUAUGUAAGACAAGUCCAUCGGGCUUUGUCUUUGCGGUCACUAGAGGGAUG